CAGCAGCAGCAGCAGGAGCCGCGCCGAAAGCUGCCUUAUUUAUUUAAGCGGCUGCUCCCGCUCGGCUGAGCAUCUCCUGCAGCGAUGCUGCCGCUGAGCCGGCCCCGGCUGCUGCUCGGCGAGGAGGAGAGCGGUACCCGGCAGCCCGAGCCCCCCGGUUCGCUCUGGACGCGAUGGCUUUGACUGCCUGGGCUCUGGGCCCCACGCUGCGGCUCUGUGCCACCGGCUCGGCUUGCUCCGUGGAGAUGCUGCACGUGGCUGGAGCAGGUGUGUGUGGCUGCUGUGGUGCCCUGCGGCCUCGUUACAAGAGACUUGUUGACAACAUCUUCCCUGAGGACCCAGAGGAUGGGCUGGUGAAGACCAACAUGGAGAAGCUGACAUUUUAUGCCCUGUCUGCCCCGGAGAAGCUGGAUCGCAUCGGUGCUUACCUCUCCGAGCGGCUUAUCCGAGACGUGAGCCGGCACCGCUAUGGGUACGUGUGUAUUGCCAUGGAGGCCCUGGAUCAGCUCCUCAUGGCCUGCCACUGCCAGAGCAUCAACCUCUUCGUGGAGAGCUUCCUGAAGAUGGUUGCAAAGCUGCUGGAGUCAGAGAAGCCCAACCUGCAGAUCCUGGGGACCAACUCGUUCGUGAAGUUUGCUAACAUCGAGGAGGACACCCCCUCCUACCACCGCAGCUACGACUUCUUCGUGUCCCGCUUCAGCGAGAUGUGCCACUCCAGCCACGACGACCUGGACAUCCGCACCAAGAUCCGGAUGUCUGGCAUUAAAGGCCUGCAAGGAGUGGUGAGGAAGACAGUGAACGAUGAACUCCAAGCCAACAUCUGGGAUCCACAGCACAUGGACAAAAUUGUGCCCUCGCUGCUCUUCAACUUACAGAACGUAGAGGAGACUGAAAGCCGCUCCCCCUCGCCGCUGCAAGCCGCUGAGAAGGAGAAGGAGAGCCCUACAGAGCUGGCUGAGAGGUGCCUGCGGGAGCUGCUGGGCCGAGCAGCCUACGGCAACAUCAAGAACGCCAUCAAACCCGUCCUCAUCCACCUGGAUAACCACUCGCUCUGGGAGCCGAAGGUCUUUGCUACCUGCUGCUUCAGGAUCAUCAUGUACUCGAUCCAGCCACAGCACUCCCACCUCGUGAUCCAGCAGCUCCUAGGGCACCUGGAUGCCAACAGCAAGAGCGCGGCCACAGUGCGAGCAGGCAUUGUGGAGGUCCUCUCAGAGGCAGCCGUGAUUGCAGCCUCUGGAUCUGUUGGCCCCACGGUACUGGAGGUGUUCAACACCCUUCUGAGGCAGCUGCGGCUCAGCAUCGACUACGCUCUGACGGGCAGCUAUGACUGCGCUGCCGGCGUCAGCACCAAGAUCAUCAAGGAGCAUGAGGAGAGGAUGUUCCAGGAGGCUGUCAUUAAAACCAUAGGCUCCUUUGCCAGCACACUGCCCACCUACCAGCAGUCUGAGGUGAUGGUGUUCAUCAUGAACAAGGUGCCGCUGCCCUCCUCACAGCAUUCCAUCGAGGAUGGCAAAGCUGGGGAGAACCGUAAUCGGCUGACACAGAUAAUGCUCCUGAAGUCCCUCCUCCAGGUCUCUGUGGGCUUCCAGUGCAGUAAUAUGCUGACAGCACUUCCCAGUGCCUUCCUGGACAGGCUGCUCUCUGCAGCCCUGAUGGAGGAUGCUGAGAUCCGCCUCUUUGUCCUGGAGAUCCUCAUCAGCUUCAUCGAUCGCCACGGGAACCGACAGAAGUUCUCCACCAUCAGCACCAUCAGUGACAUCUCGGUCCUGAAGCUGAAAGUGGACAAAUGCUCACGCCAAGAUACUGUCUUCAUGAAGAAGCAUGGUCAGCAGCUCUACAGACACAUCUACCUGAUAUGCAAGGAGGAGAGCAACGUGCAGGCUCACUACGAGGCUCUCUUCAGCCUGCUGAUGCUCAUCAGCAUCGAGCUGGCUAACGAGGAGGUGGUGGUGGACCUCAUCCGCCUGGUGUUGGCAGUGCAGGAGAUUGCCCAGAUCAAUGAGGACAACCUGACUGCGUACAACCGCUGCGCGCUCUUUGCCCUGGGUGCAGCUUACCUGAACCUCAUCAGCCAGCUCACCACCGUGCCCACCUUCUGCCAGCACAUCCAUGAGGUCAUCCAGAUGCGACAGAAGGAAGCUCCCUACCUGCUCCCUGAAGAUGUGUUUGUGGAGAAACCCACGUUGAGCAAGAGCCUUGACCGCCUGGGCCCAGAGGUCUUCUUUUGGCAGAGCAAGAUCAGUGAGGUGCUGGGUGGCAGUGGCUACAACUCAGAUCGCCUCAGCACACCCUACAUCCCCCAGCUGACAGAUGAAGAUCGCCUGUCCAAGAGGAAGAGCAUCGGUGAGACCAUUUCUCUGCAGGUGGAGGUGGAGUCAAGGAACAGCCCUGAGAGAGAGCAGAGAGCACCAGCAGAGGAGAUCACAUACGAGACACUGAAGAAGGCAAUCGUAGACAGCGUGGCUGUGGAGGAGCAGGAGCGGGAGCGGAGGCGACAAGUGGUGGAGAAGUUCCAGAAAGCUCCUUUUGAGGAGAUCGCUGCCCACUGUGGGGCCCGGGCGACGCUGCUGCAGAGCAAGCUCAACCAGAUCUUCGAGAUCACCAUCCGACCACCUCCAAGCCCCUCUGGUACCAUCACAGCUGCUUAUGGCCAACCCCAAAACCACUCCAUCCCGGUGUAUGAGAUGAAGUUCCCAGACCUGUGUGUGUACUGAGGGUGGCUGUGCCGGGAGGACAGAGCCAGCACCGCACAGCUCGCACCAAAGGAGCCCCCGGGGAGAGACUGCUGACCCUGCGGGGGACACAUCCUCAGGGGGACACGGACACAGAGGCCACCCCAAGAUUCACUGACACCACAAACCUGUCUCCUGUACUUUCUGUCGGGACCUUCUGCCUCUGCAGGCAGCUUUUGCAGCGGUUGGUGGUGCGGGAGGUGGGUAUUUGCUGGGACCUCCCACUCUGCUUUCCUCUUCUGGGGAGAGGAGAUGCUCUGGCUCUGGGCAGAACACUUUGGGCCAUGUACAUCUUCCCAGCAUAAAGCAAGCCUCUUCCCUGGGAGAACCUCUCCCUGCACUGUCUGUUGGCCGUGUUGAGAGCCCUUGGCACCGGGCAGGGCUGAAGCUGGAGGGUGUAAAACGUAGGAGGAGGUCUGGAGUGUGCUGGAGCCUGAGGCAGCCACAAACCAAAGCCUGCUCAAGCUGGUGCUUGAGAGCCCCACAUCCAGCUCUUAGCCUGUGGGCCUUCAUCAUCCCGUAGCCCUCUCAUCACAUGGCCAGUUCCUCUGGCUGCUUCACAGUGCCCUGGAAGGAGGGUUCUGGAUGGGAUGGAUCAUUCCAUCCCUGUGUGGGGACACAUGGCAGGCUGGCUGGUGUCAGGUCACUGGAAAAUCAGGAUUUCUUUGGGAAACCUCAUUUUUGGUGGAGGACAAACCCCACAGGAGCUGUGCAUCCCACCUGGGUUACAGGCAGGCUGCUUGAGGGGGGAUGGAGUGAUGGUACCCCUGGAGCAGUGACAUGAGGCAUGAGCAACCACCAUGCUGGGGAGUAUUGACUCGCUGUUUUCAUGGGUUUGGGGUCACCGUUUUGUGGCUCCUGCCUCAAGGAGAGUCUCGUUUAUUUCUUUCUUUGUUUUUAGCAGCUUUGUCUGUUUUAACGAGGUCCGGUUUUAAAUCAGCUGAGCCAUAACCGCAGGGAAGCCCCCACCGGCGCUGCAGGGAAUGGCUGUGCUAAGUGAUGCUUUAGAGGGUCAUAGAAUGCUUUGAGAUGGAAGAGACCUUCAAGGGUCGUCUCGUCCAACCCCCUGCGGUGAGCAGGGACACACAACACCUUCAACUAGAGCAGUUUACUCAGAGCCUUGUCCAUCCUGACCUGGAUUAUUUCCCCCUGCAGCCCCUACAUCUGAUGGGCCAUGGCUCGAGUCUCUUCUUGUGCAAUAGGCUAAAACUGGAUUUGGGUUGGGGGGGAGGAGGAGAUGAAACUCUCAAGAAUUUUACUUUAGACACGUGUGGUAGAAAGUUCUGGGUCCUCCCAAACCCAUGCUGCACUGCGAAAAUAAUGAGGAUGGGAGAGAAAGAUUUCUUGGAGGGUACUGAGGUGUUCACAGGUGUUCAGGUGUUCACUCUUGCUCCCUAAUGCUUGAGUGUUGGUGUGUUAAGGUGAGCUUGGGUACCCUUCACAGUCUUACAGGCACUGUGCAGCUUCUCCACCAUCACCCUCCAAGCAGCCUGGGAGCUUGGGCAGCCCCUUCCCCUCUGGCUGGAGAAGCUGCUUCAGUCUUUGCCACCCGAAGAGACACAGGAGGGUCUAAAGCUGGGGAUGUGGGAGCUGCCUCUGCACAUCGCAGAGGGACAGCAGGCAAAUGCAGCCGGCUCUGGGUUUGCUUCAGCCACGACCUGUUUCCCUGGCACGACCUGUUUGUGGGCCCUGUCUCGCUGCAGCUCUCCAGGCAGUUAUUUCAGGCUGUAAUUACAAGUUGCCAUCCCUGCUCCUGGCCCUCACUAAGGGAUACAGUUCGUGCUUGCCCCGAGAUCACCGCUGGUUUGUGCUCUAAUCCGGGCUUAGGGAAUGGUCUGUCUUAAGAGGACAGGACAAACAAGGGUUUAUUUCGGUCCCUGGGCUGGAUGGUGGCACUGCCCCCAUCGCUGCCCUGUGGCUCUGCCUGUGCCAGCCCUGCCUGAGGCUCUUCCCUUGCUACUGCCUUUCCUCAGCCUCCCUCAUCCCCUCUCCCAAAGCUCUUUUUGCUCAUGCUGGAAGAUGGGUUUGGGCUGGAUUUUGGGGUUGGCAGUGGGAAAGGGGAGCAAGCUGCUGAAGGAGGGAGGGUUCAUUCCCCUGGCUUUUCUAAUGGCAAGCACAAAGUCUUUAACCAAAUGCAGCAGGAAAAGUGAGUAACCCCCAAAUUGUGUCCAGACUGAAAACACCUGGAUGCACAAUUUAACUGCAAUGGGAAAAAUAGAAAGCACCUUCCCAAGUCUGGGAAAAGCAGAAAACAUCUCCCACAACUCACUCCUGGGAGAAGAACAAAAAGCACCUCCCAGAUUUAACCCCUGUGGGAAAAACAGAAAGCACCUUCCCAAGUCUGGGAAAAAAAGAAAAGCAUCUCCCAGAAUUAACCCCUAUGGGAAAAUCAGAAAGCACCUCCCAGAAUUAACCCCCUUGGGAAAAACAGAAAGCAGCUUCCCAAGUCUAGGAAAACCAGAAAGCAUCUCCCAGAAUUAACCCCCUUGGGAAAAACAGAAAGCAGCUUCCCAAGUCUAGGAAAACCAGAAAGCAUCUUCCAGAAUUAACUCCUAUGGGAAAAGGAAAAAGCACCUCCCAGAAUUAACCCCCUUGGGAAAGCCAAAAAGCAUCUCCCAGAAUUAACCCCCGUGGGAAAAACAGAAAGCACCUUCCCAAGUCUAGGAAAACCAGAAAGCAUCUCCCAGAAUUAACUCCUAUGGGAAAAGGAGAAAGCACCUCCCAGAAUUAACCCCAUGGGAAAAACAGAAAGCAUCUCCCAGAGUUAACCCCUAUGGGAAAAACAAAAAGCACCUCCUAGAAUUAACUCCUCUGGGAAAGCCAAAAAACACCUCCCUGAAUUAAUCCCUAUGGGAAAACCAGAAAGCACUUCCCAGAAUUAGCCCCUGGGAGAAAACCAGAGAGCUCCUCCUGGAAUGAGCCCCCUUGGGAAAGCAAAAAAGCUCCUCCCAGAAUUAACCCCCCUGGGAAAGUCAAAAAACACCUCCCAGAAUUAACUCCUAUGGGAUAAACAAAAAGCACCUCCCAGAAUAAGCCCCCCUGGGAAAGCAAAAAAGCUCCUCCCAGAAUUAACCCCCAUGGGAAAGUCAAAAAACACCUCCCAGAAUGAGCCCCCAUGGGAAAGCCAAAAAACACCUCCCAGAAUGAGCCCCCAUGGGAAAGCCAAAAAACACCUCCCAGAAUUAACCCCUAUGGGAAAAACAAAAAGCACCUCCCAGAAUUAACCCCUAUGGGAAAAACAAAAAGCACCUCCCAGAAUUAACCCCUAUGGGAAAAACAAAAAGCACCUCCCAGAAUUAACCCCUAUGGGAAAAACAAAAAGCACCUCCCAGAAUGAGCCCCCAUGGGAAAGUCAAAAAACACCUCCCAGAAUUAACCCCUAUGGGAAAACCAGAAAGCACCUCCCAGAAUGAGCCCCCCCUGGGAAAGCCAAAAAGCACCUCCCAGAAUGAGCCCCCCCUGAGAAAACCACCUCCAAACCUUGUUGAAACCACCCCAAAGGUGGGAAGAUGAGCGCCAGGUUUGCUUGCACGCCUCAGAACACAUCUUGGGCUGCUCCACGUGCCCCUGGCCUCUGCUCCAGGGAGCUGAACUGGAAUUCUCCUUGCAGAGCAGCCCCUGGUCCCUGCUGUCCCUCCUGUCCCCUUGCUGUGCUCCACCGGUCCCAGCAGCGGGGCUGAGUCUGUCGCCGCCCAUCUGACUACACCCCCAGCAGGUCUCGCUGCAUUUUGGGACCCCCAACUCCACCUGUAAAUUUUCACCUGUGGGGCCAUCACCUGUAGUUUAGAUACUUGUGUAAGUAGAGAUGACAAAGUAUAUUUCUAUCAGGUAGAGACCUUUCGGUGCAUGUCUGCCUUCCCAUCUCUCUGUUGCGAGGCGUCUCCACGUGUGGCCGAGGGCAAACCUGCCAAGAAGCUGCUGAUGUUCUCAAAUGCACUGUCUCCAGGCCCAUGUCCAAUAAAUGUUGAUGUUGCCACUUCAA